GUCGCGUAAUGACUUUCCUGGUCGCCCUUUUAUUAACAACAAUGAAACACUCGUAAUUAACAGAAAAAUCAUUUUCUAUUGUAUUAUGGCGACUUCAUCUUUAAGUUGCGGUGUUUGUGAUUUACGCCAUAUCACCAAACCUUCUGCGGUUUGGUGUAGUGAGUGCGAUGAAGGACUUUGCGAAGGCUGCCAGGAGCAUCACAGUUUAUCGAAAUCAUCCCGAACUCAUACUGUCAUACCAAUUUCUGAAUUUGAAAAAUUACCCAAGGAUAUAGUUAAAAUAUCUCAGUUUUGUGACAAACACAAUGAAAAAUACAUAAUUUACUGCAAGAAUCAUGAAUGUCCUUGUUGUAGCAGCUGCAUUGUUCAAAGACACAACAAAUGUGACGAAAUCGUAAAACUAAAUGACGUCAUUCAUAACGUCAAGACAUCAAAUAAAUUCUUUGAAAUAGAGCGGACAUUGGCAGAAGUAACCGAAAAUAUUGAGAAAAUCAUAAAAGAUCGACAAAACAACAUCAAGACAUUAUCAGAGACUCGGAAGAAGAUCGAGAAGGAAAUACAAGAGAUCCGAACAGCAAUCAAUAUUCACAUCGACAAAAUACAAGCAGAUAUAAUAAUGGAGCUAUAUACAUCGGAAGAGGAGGAGAGUAAAAAUAUCCUUCAACUGCUUAAUUCUUUAGAAGAAAAACAACAGGAGAUUGCAACAUUACAGAGGAAUAUUUCAGAUAUCAAACAGCAUGCGUCAGACCUUCAGACUUUUUUGUCUAUGCAACGAAUCGAAAAGGAGGUUUCUGGCACAGAUGAAUACAUCAGGUUAAUAUCCGGUAGCGAGAAUUUAAAAAAGACCGGUCUGUCAUUUCGUAUCAACACUGCAAUUAAAAAUUUCAUUUCCGACAUUCAAAAUUUUGGAAGAAUCACGGUUGAAAGUAAACCGUCUAAUAUUAAGCUUACAACGAAAAAGCAAAACCAAGCUCAAAUGAUGGUGGCAAAAGUACCGCCAAGAUCGUUUGGAAAUAUCAAUCUACAGUUACAGAAGAUUAUUAAGACGAAACAGGACAAUUACACGUUUGGUACAUGUCUGCUCCCUGAUGGAAGGAUGGUAUUUUCUAGCAGUAGUCUUGACAACGGUACUUUAACCGUUCUGAACGCGAAUGGAUCAUUGAGUUUUGUGAAAAAAUUACCAUCAGCAUCCUUUGAUGUAACAUACAUAUCAGUAGACAAUACUUUGGCUGUAUCAUCUGGUGUUUCUGGUUCCAGUUGUAUUUAUAUUAUUGACAUGGAAAAUCAAAAAGUCAAGAAAACUAUUUCUGUAAAUGAUUGGAUAUAUGGAAUAACAUAUAGUGGAACGGAUUUAAUUUAUUGUGAGUUGAAUCAAGGAAUUCGAAUGAUCAAUCCAAAUGACGAGAUUAUAAGCAAUAUAGUCGGAGUUGAAAUGGCAGCUUUUUGCUACGUUACAACAUUUGGCAACAAACUUUAUCAUACAAAUCCAUACGAUAAUUCCGUUACAUGUUCUGAUCGAGAAGGUAAAAAACAAUGGACAUUUCAAAAUAGUGUUUUGCAGACACCAGGAGGCAUCACCGUAGAUAGAAAUGGUGACAUAUACGUAGUAGGACGUAAAUCAAACAAUGUAAUACUAAUCUCUUCUGAUGGAAAACAUCACCGACUGUUAUCUGCAAAUGAAGGGCUCUCUGAACUAUUGGCGAUUCAUUUUAGUAAGGAAAGAAACAUGCUGAUUGUUGCGAAUAAAAAAGGAAAAGCAUUCUUAUAUUCUGUAAACUAA